ACAUCGUUGGUCGAUGGUCUUGAUCCGAAAUCCGCGAUAACGUGUUGGACUUGAACACUAGAUAUAUGCACCUUUGAAUUUCAAGUAGAAAUAGCUGUACGUGAUCCUCACGUGCGUGUCGUGCCAACGAUAAGUCUUUGUCUUAUCGGCUGACCGACUUUAGAUGUGAAUGUACGUACAUCGUUUCUAUACAUUCCCAGAUUCGUUUGACGACAACUGUAUUAACGAUCGUGCUGCUGUCCGACGUUUUAUUCUUCGGAUUUUUUCUCACGCACUGUUCUUAAUUACUGUGUUGUGUGUACACAAGCUUAAGGGCAACAAAAUGAGGGACUUAUUCUAUUGCAUUUUGGUGACAGUUUCACUAAUUCAAGUAAACGCACGGGUGCAGCAAACAUUCUAUCGGUCGUACAAAUGCCAGGAUCAUAAAUGCUCCAGGACUCUACGUCCGCUUGCGGAACCUCCGCGUAUUGGGAAUUCUUUGGAAAUUCUCGAGGAACAUUCGACUUUGGCCGCCUGCAGACUUAUCUGCGAUUCUUUUGCCGCCCUCUGGCCGAUUCCGACAGGCGUUACCACCCUUGGGAAUAAAUACACGGAAAUCCAUCCCUCCCAAUUCAAAUUCGUGACCAUGGCCAUCCCAGAAGGAGCAAAGAGCUUUGUCAACGAAAUUACCGGGAUUUUUGUGGAGAACCUUCAGAGCUUUUGCAGCAGAGAAUACUUAGCUAAGAAUGGCACCUCGAUCACGGUCGUUCUCAAUGUCAAUUCUUCGGACCUCACUCUUGAUUGGCUUACCAAUGAAUCGUACUCCUUGGAUUUGCACUUCGACGAUUCAGGUACCAAAGGCAUGGCCAAGCUCAUAGCUCAAACUGUCUACGGACUGAGACACGGGUUAGAAACAUUGCUACAACUAACAGCACCAGUUAUAAAGCACGGAGGCAUUCGAGCUCUGGCUAUCCUCACCUCGGCGAACAUAAGAGAUGCUCCAGCGUUUGUGCACAGAGGACUAUCGUUGGAUACUUCCCGGAACUUUGUGACGGUUCCUGAAAUCCUCAGAACGAUCGACGGUCUUUCAUCCUGCAAAAUGAACGUUUUACACUGGCACGUGACCGACUCCCAGAGCUUUCCUCUCGAGAUAAAACGAGUUCCUACCAUGACGCAAUACGGUGCCUACAGUCAAGCACAGAUUUACACAACUGAGAACGUCAAGUUGAUAUUGAAAUACGGGAAGGCGAGAGGCGUCAGAGUGAUCCCGGAGCUUGACAUGCCAGCGCACAGUGGAGCAGGAUGGGAAUGGGGUGAAGAAGCUGGCCUCGGUCGACUGGGAGUUUGCAUAGACUCGCAGCCUUGGCAAGAGUUCUGCAUUCAGCCACCCUGUGGCCAACUCAACCCGACAAACGCCAACCUCUACGGUGUCCUCCGAGAAAUUUAUAAGGACAUUAUAGAACUUUGGGGCCCCAAUGAGGUCUUCCACAUGGGAGGAGACGAGGUUUUCAUACCAUGCUGGAACGCGACGAAAGAAAUUACAGACGCGAUGGUUAGUCGAGGCCUAGGUCAAGAGGUUCACGACUUUUUGCAGCUCUGGUCCGAAUUCCAAGCAUCCUUACUGAACAUCGUCAACGAGGAGAGAGGCAAGGCAGGUGGUCGAAACGCAAGCACGAUACUUUGGUCCUCAUACCUCACCAGUCCAGAAGUGAUUGAAAAAUAUUUGGACAAAAACCGAUAUGUUGUUCAAACCUGGGUCGAAUCUUCGUCUCCGAUACCCCACCAGCUCCUUAGUUUAGGAUACCGGAUCAUCGUCAGCACAAAGAACACUUGGUACCUUGACCACGGCUUUUGGGGUGAUACCAAGUACCACACAUGGCGGGACGUAUACAAUAAUCAUAUACCCAAAACGGACAAAGUUUUGGGUGGCGAAGUAGCAUCCUGGGGAGAAUACGUCGAUAGCAGAUCUCUGGAUCCAAGACUUUGGCCACGCACAGCUGCAGCCGCGGAACGACUUUGGAGCAAUCCACUCUUCAUGUCAACCGCCAAAGCAGAGCCCAGACUUCACGGACAUAGAGACCGUCUGACGAUUCGAGGUAUUAAUUCGGAUGCCAUGGCACCCGAAUGGUGCGCGCAGCACGAUGCACAGUGCCAGUGAAAAAUGAGUACGAACUAUGAUGCAAAUAAAGUCGAUGAUGAAUAUUGGAAUCUAAAAUGUGGGCGUGGCGCGAGCGAAUAUGGCGUCGCACUGGGCAAUCAGCUGAUUGUUUCAAUCCCAGUUUGAGCUGAAUUACACGAAUAUUGAUUGACAGACAACUCCGUGCUAACAGUUGCACUUCUGUUAUGUCAUAUUGAUUUGGUAAAGAGUGAUAUAUGUAUAUAUGCGUUGUGAAAUGUCUUACUAUCAAAUUCACUCUGGUUUGCCGUAAAUCGAGUUUCUGUCGCCAGAUGGCGUCUUUAA